CGCUUACAGGUCGCGACCGCAGCUGCAGAAGCCGUUCGUUCUCAUGCGCAACUUGGCGGAGCUGAUGAAGCUUAUGCAAGCCGGCGUAAUAGAUGUCGAUCCAGAAUACCAGCGAGAUGUUGUUUGGACAGCUGAUCGAAUGACGGGCCUAAUCAACUCGUUGAUGGAAAACUUCUACGUUCCACCCAUCAUUUUGAACAAGAAGCCGCGGCCUGGUCAAGAUGCCGCAGCUCCUCAAGAAACGCUGGUAUGCGUUGAUGGCAAACAACGCCUAUCCUCGGUUCUUGCAUUUGUCAAAGGCAUGAUUCCUUGUCACGAUCAUCGCGGAGAGAAGUGGUGGUUCUGUGAACCCGCCGGAAGCAAGCGCAAACGAGUCUUAUCGAAGCAGCUACAGAAACAAUUCUACCAAAAGGAUUUCGUAUCGUUCGAAUACAACAACCUGUCGCCCGAGCAAGAAGAGGACCUCUUCGCAAGGGUACAGAUGGGGGUGCAGCUAAACCUUGCUGAGAAGAUGCGUGCUUCGACAGGGCCCUGGCAAGAACUCGCCAGGUUGUUCGUCGCAGAUUUUCCAGUCGUGUACUCUUUGAUGAAGGACAAGGCGAGGUCGAAGGACUUUCAACUCACCCUCUCAUGCUUCAGUCAGAUCAUCGAGUGCAUGCACCCAACAGCUGCCAAUGGAGUACCCAUACUGAAGACGAAUCACACGCAUCUGCCAAAGCUUCUGAGCAACAAAAGCGCCGUAGAUGACGGCCUAAAGUCACACCUUGCCAGCGUUUGGAACACUUUCAAGGACCUCAUCGAAGCUGAUCCCGACACAUUCACGAAUGGCAACAAAUAUCUACGGGGCGUACAGACCUUCGCACCUGUCGAGAUGGUCGCAGUCACAGUCUUGAUCUCAAUGUACUCUGAGAUACGUAACAACAGGCUGCUCCUUGGCGACAUCCAAGCAAUGCGCAUUGCUGUUCGUGAGAACUUCGUUGACCUUCGACUCAACGCGUCUGUAUGGAAGUGGUUCUGGGAGUACAUCGACGAGCUAGAAGCCAUCCGCGGAGCUAUCGACGGGAGUACCGUGAACCGAAGAACGAAACAGCGAACCAAGAUGAGUGAUAAGGCACCUACAGAAGGUGCGACAGCAGGCUCGACCGCAGCAGCGAUCACUGCUGCGGCUGCGGCUCCUAAGAAAGGUAGAUUUACAGCCCGAACAAAACGGCCAGCUACGACAAUAGCGGAAGAGGCGCCUGUCAUGGUGGAGCAAGAACUGGCAACGGCUGCUUCGCCUGAACCACGUUCGCCAAAACGAAGGCGUACUGGCGACAGUCCUCUCAAUGGGUUACCUAUGAGCGAUGGCCAAUUUUGGGGUUCACUCCCGAGCACGACUGUACCACCUAAUGGACUGCCCGAGGAACGAAUACGUCCAGAACCAAUGCAUCCAGACCCAUUGUUGCCGCCGAUGCCCACACACGCCUCAACACAAAGUCCUCAGCCUGUUGCCAGGAAGCCUCGUCCAAGAGCAUACCCAGCAAUAUCGGCGCUACCAAGCACUGCUUCGUUGCCGCGAAAUGCAUCCAGUUCGAUUGAUAGCGCACAGAGCCACGUACAUGCACCUACCCCUUCAGAGGCACGUCAGCAGCGUGUGUCCACGCUAAACAGCUUUCAAUCUGCGCAUCAAUCUUCAGCCCGUGCCAUUUCAACUGGCUUACCCGUCUCCCAUGAACAUCACAUGGGACAGCCUCGAGCACCUGUUGCACCUAUGGUAUCUGGGCUCGGCCCGUUCUCACCUGACCACAGCCAUUCGCAAUGGGGAGGCGUUUUGGAGUCUACACCUGAGACAGAUGUUGCUCCACAAGUGUCCGCCUCAUCUCGACCACGUUCGAUGCAGAAGGCCAGAACAAGUCCGCCACAACCCGCACAGGAGCAUUACGAUGGGGCAAUCGAUCUGACCAGCGAUACUGAACAAGAGAGACAGGAUUUACUGUCUGCGUUCAAAACAAAAUCUGGCUCCAGUGGGUCACCGAAGGCCCCGAAAUCUGCAGCAGAACCUGUGGCGCAGACGCGGACGUCCACCGCUAAGGAGCAAAGGGUAUCAUCGCAGGAUCUACCGACUAGGGAGAACAACCCGUAUGCGAGGUUCAAGAAUAUAUGAGGCAGCUUGCUGGUACUUAAUCGGCGGAACACACUAACUGAAAAAUGGGUUACCACCUCAAGUUCUACCAGUACCGCGAGAUGCUGUGAUGCGAAGAGAUAAGCCGG